UCAUAUGGUCGCAGACGGAUUCUUGGAGAAGAACGCCGAGGAAGCCGGAGGACCAGAGAAAGUUCAUAGGGAUUAUUUCUACACUUGAUUACGAUCUAUUUGAUCUUAGAGACAAAGGGCGUGUGCAUUGCCAUAAGGAGAAGACAGAACGAUGCCCCGACGAGGAGCAGCAAUGCCCAGAGCCCCGCCGCGGGCAGCUCCUCCCCCACCUCCCCCAAGAGCCGCUCCUCCCCCACCAGCUCCUGUUCCUCCACCUGCUGCAGCAGCACCAAAGCAGCCUGGAUUAUUUGCACAGAUGGCUGCAACUGCUGGUGGUGUUGCUGUAGGCUCUGCAGUGGGUCAUGUGGUAGGUCAUGCCUUGACCAGUGGAGGCAGCAGUAGUUCAGAACAGCCACAGCAAGCAGCACCAGCACCAGCACAACCCCAAGGAUACCCACAAUACCAAGGCUAUCAGCAGCAGCCAUAUGUACAGAGUGGUCCAUCAGAACCUCAGGGCCCUUGUGCCUGGGAAAUUAAGCAGUUCCUCCAGUGUGCACAGACACAGUCAGAUGUUUCGGUUUGUGAAGGAUUCAAUGAAGCUCUAAGGCAAUGCAAGGCUCAGUAUAGAGAAAUGACAGCUUAAGGAAGUCAGGUUAAAUGGCCAGAAUUGCUUAAAUUGUUACUGGUUGUAUAGACACUGCUUUUUGUAGAUUGCAAACAUAAUUGAUAAUUAUUGUAUCAUACUAUAAAUAUUCACUGUAAUUGUUGUAACAUCUGACAAUGUUGAAAUAAAUCCAACCCAUUGAAAAGGUGUAUCGGAGAUUGAAAAUAAAAUAUUUUAUUUA